GACAACCCCAUGACAAGAAGGACCCAGCCUCCCAGCAGCCACACCCUGUGUGUCUCUCUGUCCUGCCAGCACUGAGGGCUCAUCCCUCUGCAGAGCGCGGGGUCACCGGGAGGAGACGCCAUGACCCCCACCCUCACAGCCCUGCUCUGCCUUGGGCUGAGUCUGGGCCCCAGGACCCACGUGCAGGCAGGGCCCUUCCCCAAACCCACCCUCUGGGCUGAACCAGGCUCUGUGAUCAGCUGGAGAAGCCCCGUGACCAUCUGGUGUCAGGGGACCCUGGAGGCCCAGGGGUACCGACUGCAUAAAGAGGGAAGCCCAGAGCCCUGGGACAGAAAUAACCCACUGGAGCCCAAGAACAAGGCCAGAUUCUCCAUCCCAUCCAUGACACAGCACCAUGCAGGGAGAUACCGCUGCCGCUAUUACAGCUCUGCAGACUGGUCAGAGCCCAGCGACCCCCUGGAGCUGGUGGUGACAGGAGCCUACAGCAAACCCACCCUCUCAGCCCUGCCCAGCCCUGUGGUGGCCUCAGGGGGGAACGUGACCCUCCGAUGUGGCUCACAGAACGGAUAUCACCAUUUUGUUCUGAUGAAGGAAGGAGAACACCAGCUCCCCCGGACCCUGGACUCACAGCAGCUCCACAGUGGGGGGUUCCAGGCCCUGUUCCCUGUGGGCCCCGUGACCCCCAGCCACAGGUGGAGGUUCAGAUGCUAUUACUAUUAUACGAACACCCCCCAGGUGUGGUCCCACCCCAGUGACCCCCUGGAGAUUCUGCCCUCAGGCGUGUCUAGGAAGCCCUCCCUCCUGACACUGCAGGGCCCUGUCCUGGCCCCUGGGGAGAGCCUGACCCUCCAGUGUGGCUCUGAUGUCGGCUACGACAGAUUUGUUCUGUACAAGGAGGGGGAACGUGGCUUCCUCCAGCGCCCUGGCCAGCAGCCCCAGGCUGGGCUCUCCCAGGCCAACUUCACCCUGGGCCCUGUGAGCCCCUCCCAUGGGGGCCAGUACAGAUGCUACGGUGCACACAACCUCUCUUCCGAGUGGUCAGCCCCCAGUGACCCCCUGAACAUCCUGAUCGCAGGACAGUUCUAUGACACCGUCUCCCUGUCAGUGCAGCCAGGCCCCACGGUGGCCUCAGGAGAGAACGUGACCCUGCUGUGUCAGUCAUGGUGGCAGUUUGACACUUUCCUUCUGACCAAAGAAGGGGCAGCCCAUCCCCCGCUGCGUCUGAGAUCAAAGUACCGAGCUCAUAAGUACCAGGCUGAAUUCCCCGUGAGUCCUGUGAUCUCAGCCCACACGGGGACCUACAGGUGCUACGGCUCACGCAGCUCCGACUCCUACCUGCUGUCUUUCCCCAGUGACCCCCUGGAACUCAUGGUCUCAGGACCCUCUGGAGGCUCCAGGCUCCCACCCACAGGGCCGCCCUCCACACCUGGUCUGGGAAGAUACCUGGAGGUUUUGAUUGGGGUCUCAGUGGCCUUCAUCCUGCUGCUCUUCCUCCUCCUCUUCCUCCUCCUCCGACGUCAGCGUCACAGCAAACACAGGACAUCUGACCACAGAAAGACUGAUUUCCAGCGUCCUGCAGGGGCUGCGGAGACAGAGCCCAAGGACAGGGGCCUGCUGAGGAGGUCCGGCCCAGCUGCUGACGUCCAGGAAGAAAAUCUCUGUAAGAGGAAGAGAGGGGACAAAUGGGGGUGCUGGAGAGACAGGAGUCCCAAAAUUUCAGUAGCAACAGGGAGGGGCUGGGAAGGGUCUGGGGCUCCGUGGAAGAUGGUCUCGCCCCACACUGUGGGACCUCCCUGGAUCUCAGUGGCCCCAUCUGGGAGCAGGGCAGGGGCCAGCAGGACUGAGAGUUCUCAGAGAACCAGGAGACGAACCCCUUGCUCUGCCCCAGCAGAUACUGCCGUGAAGGACACACAGUCUGAGGACCGGGUGGAGCUGGACAGUCAGCAGAGCCCACACAAUGAAGACCCCCAGGCAGUGACGUACGCCCCGGUGAAACACUCCAGACCCAGGAGAGAAAUGGCCUCUCCUCCCUCCUCACUGUCCGAGGAAUUCCUGGACACAAAGGACACACAGGCAGAAGAGGACAGACAGAUGGACACUCAGGCUGCUGCAUCUGAAGCCUCCCAGGAUGUGACCUACGCCCAGCUGCACAGCUUGACCCUUAGACGGAAGGCAACUGAGCCUCCUCCAUCCCAGGAAGGGCCCUCUCCAGCUGAGCCCAGCAUCUAUGCCACCCUGGCCAUCCACUAGCCCAGGGGGGACCCAGACCCCACACUCAACAGAAGGAGACUCAGGACGGCUGAAGGCAUGGGAGCUGCCCCCAGUGCACACCAGUGAACCCCAGCCAGCCUGGACCCCUAACACAGACCACGAGGAGACGCUGGGAACUUGUGGGACUCACCUGACUCAAAAAUGACUAAUAUCGUCCCAUUUUGGAAAUAAAGCGACAGACUUCUCAACAAUCAAUGAGUUAAUAACAAAAACAAAAACAAAAACAAAAACAGACGUAAAGGCCGGGUGUGGUACUCAGGAGGCUGAGUGGGGAGGAUUCCUUGAACACAAGAAGUUAAGGCUGCUGAGGCUGCAGUGAGCUAUGACUGUGCCACUGCACUCCAGCCUGUGUGACAGAGCAAGACCUUGUCUCUAAAAAAAAAGAGUGAAUGUUUUAAGCUGAAUGAUAAUGUAAAUAUUAUACAUCGAACUUAUGACAUGGGAAAAUUAAGAAGCAUAAAUAGGCCGGGCGCGGUGGCUCACGCCUAUAAUCUCAGCACUUUGGGAGGCUGAUGCGGGCGGAUCACGAGGUCAGGAGAUCGAGACCAUCCUGGCUAACACGGUGAAACCCCGUCUCUACUAAAAAUACAAAAAAAUUAGCCAGGCGUGGU